GCUAUUGAUGUUCUUAAUUAUUCUUAUAUAUAAAGCAACACGAACUAAAGACAUUUUAUUAAUAGACCGCCCAACAACACCAAAAUCCCCACCAACCAUCCCUCGCAGCAAUGGCCAAACCCAGUACCCCAAAUCCUCUCUCUCUCAUCUCCACCAUAUUCUUCUUCCUCUUUCUCCUCACCAAUGGAAUCAACUCUCAAUCCUUCUCAAGACACCUCUCCCAAAAACAACUCGGCCUCAAAAAGGAGAAACUCAGCCACCUCCACUUCUACUUCCACGACAUCGUCUCAGGCAAGAACCCCACCGCGGUCCGAGUCGCCGCCGCCGCCAUGACCAAAUCCUCCCCGACCGGGUUCGGGGCCGUGGUCAUGAUCGACGACCCGCUGACCCUGGCGCCGGAACUCGGGUCCAAACAAGUGGGACGGGCGCAGGGGAUUUACGCCUCCGCUGCUCUUGAGCAGGUGGGGCUGUUGAUGGUCAUGAAUUUCGCUUUCACCGAUGGGAAGUAUAAUGGGAGUACAUUGAGUGUGCUGGGGCGGAACACGGUGUUUUCCUCCGUGAGAGAGUUGCCGGUGGUCGGCGGCAGCGGGCUUUUCCGGUUCGCGCGUGGGUACGCACACGCCAAGACAAUUUGGUUUAAUCUCACUACUGGGGAUGCUACUGUGGAAUACAAUGUCUAUGUUUUCCAUUAUUGACAGUACGUGUCAUAUGACACCGGCCUCUGUUCCUUUUCUCUUUUCUCUUUUUAUCUUUUUAAAAAAAUUAGAUCUAUGAUAUUGAUGUUUUCUUCUGAGUUUUUAAUUCGCACUGUAUUUAUAUGAUCAAACCAGUGGCUUGUUGUUUUGGAUAAGCUACCAGUGGUUUGUUUUGUAUUUAACUAUUUGGAAAAGAGAGUUUAGUAUUUGGCGCA